AAAAAAAGAAUUGCUCAGAAUUGUUAAAUUAUUCAUGAGUGAGGCUGUGCUUUUUAUUUUGGUAAAGCUGAUAAAAAAACAGCAAGUUAUUUCUUUCUACAUAUGUAUGUUAAACACGAGGUUAUCGGGAACAAAUAGUGGUAGCACUUCAUCAUGGGAGAUUCAAUGUUUCAGAAACCAAGGAAACCUUCCCAACAAAACAAUGAACACGAAAAUUUAGACGACUCCGAGUUUCAGUUGAGAUUUCAAGUUGUCGAGCAUAAGUUGCAGAUACGAAAACUCACCGAGAAAUUAGCUGAAACUAAAUCCGAGUUGAAUCACAAUAAGAAACGAGUUUAUGCAUUAUAUGACGAAAUUCACAAAUCAGUUGAGCAUGGCAAAUAUAUUUACGACGAAAACGACAAAGCAUACUUAGUCUACUCCAUACCGCAACACGAAGCACAGCUCAUAAAAAUUUCCAACCUCGAAGAAGCUCUUGCAACGUCACAAGCGAACGAAGUGCGAGCCAAUGAAGAGCUCGCUUCGAUACGACAACAAAAGGAUUUACUCGAGCAGAACUUAAACAAUACUAUCAAUGAACUACAAACAAAAUUGACUCUAGAACAAGAAAAGAAGGAGAAACUGGAACAGGAAAAACGAAAAAUUGAGGAACAAUUUAGUAAAUGUAAGAAGGAGUUAGAAGAAAUGUUAGCAGAAGCAGUCAAUCAGUGUGAAAUUAUACGUGCGGAGGAGAGCAGGUUAAAGAAAGUUGUCCACGACUUGAAAUGUAACCUCGAUAAAAGUACGGAAACUAUAAAAGCAGAUAAAAAGGAAAUAGAGAAGUUGAAAGAAGAAAAAGAAAAUUUAGAAAAAGUUCUUGACGACACAAAAUUUAUUUAUGAGGAGCAAACGAUCAAAAUGAGUGAACAUAUUAACGAACUGAAAACGUUGCUGCAUGAUACGGAUGAAAUGCUGUCACAAACCGAAAUAAAAUACGAAGGACUGGAAACUAGAUACAAGUACGUCUCCGUAGAAAAUAUUGAGUUGAAGAAAGAAAAUGAAGAAAAGACAAAAACGCUGGCUGCAAAAGAAGAUCUCUUCAAUGAAAUGAACGAGGAGGUAGCGAACUUAGAGACGACGCUGACCAAAAAAGAAGAAGAACUGCAGGCACAUUUAAAAGAGCGCGAAGCAAUCGAAGCCACCAUUGUGCAACUGAAAUCUGAGUUAAGCGAAGCAAAAGAAGAAAAUCUCCAGUUAAUCGAGUCGAAAGAAAGAGAAUUAAAAGCAAAAGAGAAUGUGAUAAAUGAGUUAAAAGAGACAAAUAUAAAAAUAAAAACGGAACUUAAAAGACUUCGACCCUCAGGAAAACCCGCGUGGAAGCGAUAAAAGAAGCGUUGAAUAAUUUAAAAAAUAUUACAACUCUUUUAAUAGUGAUAGUACGCUCAAUAUAAUUUUCAUUUACAAUUUUUUAAAAGGUUGGAGUCAUAUCAUAUUUCCUCAACCGCAACAGCGGAGUUUUCAAACAUUUUGAUUUAUUUCUCCAUUGAUGACAAUUUUUUGUUUUGUUUACCGAAAUUUAUUUAUUCAUUUCGUUUUAAAAUAAAAAAAAACAACUUCAUUUUAAAAGUCCUGUUUUAGUUUGAAAUAGAAAUCAUUAUUGUAAUUAAACGUACAAAGCAUUAUGGGGUGGUUUUUCCAACAAGCUAAACAGAGUGAAGAUGGAUGGAAAGAAGGGAGACCAGUAAGCGGGUUAAGAUAUAUUAUCAGCAAAAAGAGAAAUUAAAAACAAUAAUGGCAUCAGCAAACGAAAUGCGGGAGCAGGAACAUAACUUGAGAGCUUUAAUGAAAACUCUCACUAGCAUGAUAGAUACGUACACAGAUGUGAGCAAUCUGGAAGCUAAAGAGCUGACAGAAACAAAAAAAGAAAAUGCAAAAAUAAAACAAGAGCUGAGAGCGACCAAGGAGGAGCUUAGAGCAACCAAGGAGGACUUCGAGCAGGAGAAAAACAAAAUGGUGGGAAAAAUUGAUCAGCUGAAAAUUCUGUUGCAAGAAACUGGAGACGUUUUAAGUAAGGCGGAGAGAAAAUGCGAAGUACUGACUGAAAAAGAGGCUGAACACCAAGCAACUAAAACAACGCUGUCUCGAUUAGAAAAGAAAAUGGAGAAGAAGGAAGAAGAAUUAAAAGUUUGCUUGAAAGAGAAAGCAGAUUUGGAGGACUCGAUUAGUCAACUAAAUGACGAAGUUAAAGAUAUCAAAGAGGAGAGACAUGAAUUAAUUAAAACAAAAGAAAAAGAAUUGAGGGAAAAGUUAAAAAUGAUUGAAAAUUUAAAAGAAAGUAAUAAAAGUUUAAAAGCAGAAGUGAAAAGUUUACGUCAGACGACAAAACCUCUGUGGAGAUAAUGCGAAUACAGGUGUGAAAACAUGAAAAAUACGAUGCACAAGAAAUUGUAAAUAUAUAAUUAAAACUUACUUUUAGCCAGAAUAAAAAAAUUACGUCGAAACAUUUUUGGGGCCACCACCUAUAGGUAGUACAUUAACCGUGACAUUUUUAUGUUUCCUGAAUGCCACAUGCUUUUCUUGAAUAUAGCCUCGUAUCCAAACAGAGGUUAAACAUGACACAUACAUCAGGAAUGUAUUGUUCACUUUUCUUAGUUUACUCUUAUCAACAGGAAAUAAAAGCCAGAUGUUUGAUCAUCAUAAAACUG